UAGAUUGGAGUUGGAGUUUGGAUCGACCUUAAGAUUAAGGAGGAAAAAAUGCCGUAGAGGUAGUGUUUGAUAAAAAUUCUGGGAUCUCGAUCUUAUCAACGUACUAAAAUGCCUCAUGACUUGGGCAAGCCACCCAUUACAAAGCGAGUCAGUAUACCCAAGUACAGUGGAGGAAGUAUACCCGAGAGUGAGUUGAAUCUACAUAGCUUGCGAUCUGAACUCGAGGGUGAUUCCAGCCUACCUUUGGUGAUAAGGGGCAGGCUACAUGACUUGUUUUCCCAGAUUGAAAAGGAGUUUGAGACAUUGUACGCUGAAAACAUUAGUUUACAAGAAAAAGUUGAUAUACUCAGUGAGAAACUAGAAAGAGAAAGUCUUGUGAAUGAAAAACCAGGAUUUGACUACACAGACUUUGAUGUACCUACUAAAGUAUCCAAGCACAAAUCAGUGGGGAGUUCCUCCCAGAAGCUGAAGACAGCUCACAAGCUGAAGGCCCAGACCAGCAAGAUAGUGUCCAGUUUCAAGGGUCCUACAGUGGGCUGCAACCUAGUGAGAGAGUUCACUGGACACAGAGAUGGAGUGUGGGAAGUAGCUGUCGCUCGUCCGGGGCAGCCUAUCAUCGGCACCGCCUCCGCAGAUCACAGAGCUUGUAUCUGGGGUGUAGACUCUGGCAAAUGUCUGUUACAAUACCUGGGACACCAAGGCUCUGUCAACUCACUGAGGUUCCAUCCUCUACGAGACCUGGUGCUCACCUCUAGUGGCGAUCACAAGGCUCAUGUCUGGCAAGCGGCUGUCAACUGGGAGGCUUCGAAAGGCAACUCAGAUUCAGAAGAGCUAGAAGACUUCCGUGGCGGGGGUGGAGGCGAGGGAGAGAGUGAGCAGGGAGAGCAGCUGAGGACGCCCCUGGUGGAGCUGACAGGUCACGCCAGUGUGGUGAUGUCAGCAGACUGGUUAGCCGGGGGUGACCAAGCUGUCACUGCGUCCUGGGACCGCACAGCCAGUCUGUACGACGUGGAGACUGGGGAGAUGUUGCAGACACUCAGUGGCCAUGAUCAGGAAUUGACACAUACAUCAGCUCACCAUUCCCAGCGUCUAGUUGUAACUUCCUCCAGGGAUACAACCUUCAGACUGUGGGACUUCAGAGAGCCUAUACACUCAGUAUCUGUCUUUCAGGGCCACACAGACACUGUCACGUGUGCUGUGUUUACUAAGAGGGAAGACAAGGUAGUCUCAGGCUCAGACGACCGAAGUGUCAAGGUGUGGGAUCUGCGUAACAUGAGGUCUCCUUUGGCAACGAUACGGUCAGACUCGGCUGUCAACAGACUGGAUGUGUCCAACACUGGGGUGGUCGCUAUACCUCAUGACAACAGACAAGUGCGGCUGUACGACCUGGGUGGCCAGCGAAUAGCAAGGCUGCCUCGCACCAACAGACAGGGUCAUCAACGUAUGGUGUGCUGUGUGACGUGGGUGGAUGACAACUCUCUCAGCAUGCCGUGCAACUUCUUCUCCUGUGGCUUUGAUCGGCUGGUACUAGGUUGGAACAUACAGUCUGUCAAAGACACCUGAAAUCUGCUUAUUGUUUCAUUACAUAUUCUGCUGAUCUACUUGACACUCUCGCUUCGGCCAAAGGUAUUCUUACCUCUGAAUUUGGAUAUUUUAGUCAAUAUUCAAACCAACAAAUCAUUUCUGUUUUUAUUUUACCACUGUUAGAUUUUUUGUCUGAAAGAUCAAGUCAUCGAGUUUAGUACAUGUUUAGUUAUAUGUUGGCCUCCUCUAUGUUUAUCAUGUUAUAUUGACGAGUUGUGUAAGUACUUCACUGGUUGGAUCCAACCUUCAAACUUGUGUACUUAAUCAAACUAUUAACACUCUCAAGUUUAAGUUUUAUAUAAUUCUUGUUUGGAUGAGGGGUUUUUAUUCAUUGAUAGGACGAUGGACUAACGGGAUCUGCUCAUUUUAGUAGAUCAAUUUAGAACUAUUCAUUAUAUGUACAGUUAUAAACUAUUUGUAUUUUUUGUUAAAAUUACAUACUGAUAAACUCAAAUAACUUGAAUACUGUAAUAACAACAAACUAGUUAACAAUGAAAACAUUACAAAAAUCAACAAAUAAAUCAUAUUUUUAAACUACUUUUUGCACAAUUAGCCAUAGUUUUAGACUAUUUCUAAUCCGUACAAUUAAAAUGUCCGCACUCAGUGAGUGAAUCGUUUAACUACAGUACAUUAUUUUUUAACAAGAUUGGCUAGCCUUAUUCAUUAGGCUAAUUUAGUUUCUAUACCAUUGAAGGACUGAAAUAAUUUUAAGAGAUAUUUUAGGUUGUUUAUAUACUUGUAAGUUAUAUUUAUAUUCUGGUCUCUGUAGGCUAUAGUUUGUCAUAUUAAGUUUAGUGUAAUUCAGUACAAAAAGUUACCAGUAUCUUCCAUGGAUGCUCAAUUCGAGUUUAUUGUCUUGUAUUAUUUUAUGUACUUUAGAUUUAUUUUAAAACGGUGUGUGUUUUAUAUAGUGUAAUCUAUUUUUUUAUUAAGUUAUAUCUCUCUACCCAACAACGAAACUAACAAAUGGCUACAACUAAGGAGCAUAUAUGCCUGAUUAUUUAGAUGUUUGGUAGGGUGAUUGCACCAGAGAAUGACCGCACAAAAAACAUAUUGGGUUUUUUCCUUUUUGUGUUGCCAAGUCCAUCACAAACAGUCUUAAAAGUAACCUUGGAGGGAGCCUGAUUGGAAUCUACUCUUUAACUUGUUCAAAACAAUAGUGUCAACCAUCGCUUUGUAACACAAACAAAAUUAAAUGUUCAACAAGUUCGUCUUAGAGCUUCCCACCAUCGCGUCUUGUAAAAACAAAGUUUUAUGUAUAGUUCUUUAAUUACUGAUUGCAACUACAAUACAAUGUAGUUUGUAGUAAACAAAACACGUUAAGGUACAGUUCUGUACUUAUUUUAAGAUCAAAAUCUGAACCAAGAAUUACUCAAACAGACGGUCAUUUACUGGAUCACAACUUUCAAAUUUGGGUAUAAACACUACAGUAUAAAUGGCCAUGAUUUGGAUGGAUUUAUUUCACUUGCUAGGAAACACAAAGUCUCAUCUGAAAUCAUGAGGAUACACUGUAACGUCUUUAAUCAAUUUUACUGUGUUAAAGCUUUGACUAUUAAUACAAGUAGACAUUCCAUCUCCAUGUUAAAGUUCUCGCCAGUUUUUUAAUCAAAAUUGUCGUAGUUAGUUGAUGUGAGCCACAAACAGAUUGUGCUGAUGUAAAUUACGAAUUUCCGUCGAGUACACAAACUUGUUCAUUAUGUCAAACUGUGGAAUGACUUAUUGUGAGCUAUAGCAACUGUUAUGAGCAUGACCCAUCAACCUAUGUAAGCAACAAAAAAUAAGUUAGAAAAUAGAAUUUUAGACACUAGCGCAUUCUGUGACUGGCUCACUCAACUACGUUCUCUAUUAAAAAAAGUUUCCAAUAGCUGGUUCAUAUAGAUGCGACGUCUAUUUCAGUAUCCAACAGUCAAUGCUUAAAGGUUACGAUAAUUUACUAGAUGGAAAGUAGUCAUUCAGUCAUUCACUAGAAUCUAUAUUAUGACGAUCCUGGUAAGGUAAUUUUUAUUAUAUACAGGGUGUCCAGCUUUGACAAGAGAAUCUUGAAUGGAUUAUUUGGGGAAAAGGAGGGGGUUUAAUAUAAUUAAAAUGUUAUAGUAUAAUACUACACUACUGGUCAUUCACUGGUGCCAUGAUCUAUGUGCGCUAAAUUGUAUUUUUCAACAUUCUGCUGAAUAAUUACUUUUACAUUUAGUUUGUAAAUACAGGAGAAUACGUCUAAACUAUUCCCUAUGACUACACUGUGGCAUAAUAUCCUAUUUUUCCAUGUCAGAUACAAGUGGAAACUCAAGCUGAAAUGAUCAUUCACUGGUGUUUUCCCCUUGAGAAUAUGUGCUUUAAUUUGGUUCAAGUAUUAUCAGGUUUGGUCAUAUAUAAAACUAUUCAUAAAUAUAUCAUUGAAACAAAAUUUAUAUCGCUUUGGCAUAAAGAAAAUUGUCAAGUAUUUUGCCAAUUAUUUUAUGAUGCUUCUUUGGUAGGCAUAUAAUGUCUGUUAAUGUUGUAUACCUUGACAAGACAAGAAAAAUUACACUUGUGUCAUUUUUAAAAUCUAAUAUUUUUAAAAGGAUUUAAAAAUUAGUUAAAACAUGAACAGUUAUUGUAUUAGACAUUGACAACUUUGGAGUUUUUGCCAAAAUAACUGUUUUGAUUGUACAGUAAUUCUGUUUAUUACUUAUGUAUUUUUUCCAAAUUAAUGGAUAUUUUGUUUAAAAUUGACCUUUGUCUAUUUAAAGACUGCUUAAGCAUUUCGGAUAAAAAUAAUCUUUGAUCACUUACCACCAGUGGAAUAUUGUUCAGUGGAAUCCAUUUUUUGGCUGUGGCUUUUUUUUAGAUUUCAUAACAGCUAUUAUAACAGUUACCAACAAGCGGAUUGUAGCUUUAAGUCAAGCAUAGCAUU